AUGCCACCUCGAGGAUUGGAAGGAACGGAAUCUGGAGACGGAGAAAAAUCUUUCUUACUUGGCAAAGGUUCUUCGUCCGCGGAGGAUGGCGAUCAACAAGAGACAACAUCAACAACAAGGUGCAAGUCCACAACAAAAGUUCUCUUGGGUUGCGCCGCAAUUAUCGCUAUCGUCGGCCUUUUGCUUUUCAUAAUCAGACCACCCUUGGCGAAUGGACAACCGAAGGGGCCUUAUAAAAUCGUUGAGGUCCAGAGUGGAAAAGACUUCUUCAACUAUUAUGAUUUCUAUGAUGGCGCUGACUCUCUUGGAUCCGCUGGUUACCAAACCUAUGUGAGCAGAGAACGAGCGGACGAGUUGGGUUUGAUCGAUUUCUCCCUAGAUCCAGAGAGUGGAAAAGAGUCUGUGUAUCUUGAAACGGCAACAGGUGCCGACGGUGGUUUCCGAGAGAGUAUUCGGUUGGAAGGGAAACAGCGAUUCGACCGUGGAUUGUUCUUAUUGGACGUCGAGCACAUGCCCGCUGGUUGUGGCGUGUGGCCCGCAUUUUGGCUCACGGAUGAAUCCACAUGGCCAGACAAUGGCGAAAUUGAUAUUCUUGAAGGAAUUAACUCGCAGUCAGUGGCAAAGACAGCUCUCCAUACCUCAGAUCAGUGUUCGAUGUAUGCGCAUGUACCGGCGUAUGCAAUGACUGGAAAAUUUGAUUCGGCAACUGGAAUUCCAGACACUUUUACCGGAAAACUCAAUACCUUCAAUAGAGUGGAAGCUGACAAUUGCUGGGUGAUGGCACCACAUCAAUGGGCGAACCAAGGAUGCAUUAUUGUGAGCAAGGAACAAGGUACCAUCGGGGAACCAAUGAACGAAGUUGGCGGUGGUGUUUACGCAUUGGAAUGGGACCCAGAAAAUGGCUACAUCAAGUCUUGGGUGUUCAAGCGAAAUUCCAUCCCCGAAAACUUGCAGGAGUCGAUGGAUACUGCAUCUUCCAAUGAUGCCAGUGUAUUACCUGAUCCAGAUACUUGGCCUCUUCCAUAUGCGUACUUUGCUAUUGGAGAUAAAUCAGGGUGCUCUGCAGAUCAUUUCAAAAACAUGAGAUUGGUACUGAAUACUGCAUUCUGUGGUGCUGUUGCAGGGAACAAAUUCGCUGCCGAUUGUCCAAAGGAAGCCGACAAGUUCAAUGUUGAUGGCGAUUCAGUUCUCACCUGUAAUGCUUUCAUAGACGAUGAAGCAGAUCGAUUGACAGAGGCCUAUUGGAAGAUUCGUGGCGCCUACGUCUACGAGAGAGAAUUGGAAUAA